AUGCCCGGGUUAACGUUCUCCAACGAGCCGAUCUCGCGAGAUGAAGGGCUUCAUUGUGAUUUUGCCUGCUUGCAGUAUGGGUUGAUGAAGGUGAAGCCCAGCGAGGAGCAAGUGAAGGGAUUCGUUAGAGAUGCAGUGGAUAUCAAGAGGGAGUUUGUUUGUGAUACCCUGCCAUGCGCACUGGUAGGGAUGAACGGGGCUUUGAUGGGCCAGUAUAUUGCGUUCGUUGGUGAAAGGAAAAACGUUAAGAAAAGAAUCCGCCGCCGCCUCACACCUAUUGUACGCCCAGAGGUCCGGCGAAACCCCUCGAAACCGAACAUGGAAGUUGCUGGCGAGAAUCUUGAUCUCAAGGACAACGCGAAUUCCGCUCUCGUCGAUUCCUUCUACGAGAUCACCUCCUCCACCAGGCAGGAAGCCACUUUCUUUCUCGAGAGCCACCAAUGA